AUGCCCGACUCAACCUCGUCCCACCUUGCCUCGCACAUGGCCAAGCUGAAUCCCUUCUCGAAGAAGAAUGGCAAAGUCGACAACGAGGACGCCGGCGACGUCAUUGAUGCCUCGACAGUUGCCGGCGGUGGUCGUGGCUCGCGCGCAACCGAAAUCACCAAGCAUCAGCUCCGAGUCAGCCAUGCCCUCAAGGCGUACCUGGUACAGCAAAAUGUCAUCUCGGAGCAAGACGCUGCGCUAGACAGUCCAGACCAGGUCACCGAGCCACUACGCGCGCUCGUCAGCAAGCCACAUAUUGAAGUCCCAUCCUAUAUCACGGACCGAUCUUAUCCACUGUCUGAAUAUUUCAUCAGCUCCAGUCACAACACCUACCUGUUGGCUAAUCAGCUCUACGGCACUUCUUCUGCCGAUGCCUACAGAACCGCCCUCAACACCGGAUCCCGCUGUGUAGAGAUCGAUGCCUGGGACAGCGAGGAGAACAAAGACGAACCCAAGGUCACGCAUGGCUAUACGCUCGUCUCGAACAUCCCUUUCCGAGCGGUCUGCGAGACGAUCCGCGACGUCAUUGACCAGGAAGCUAGUCAAUCUUCCUCCCAGCCAGGAUACAGAGCAGCUCCCAUUCUCCUGUCUCUGGAGAACCAUUGCGAUGCCCAUGGUCAACUGCGUCUCGUCGAAAUCAUGAAAGAGGUAUGGGGCGACAGGCUGUUGAGCAAGGCCGUCAGGCAAAAGGGGCACGACGAGCAGCAAGGCGCUGACGACCAGGUGACUGUAGAGGACCUUGGGUCAAAAAUUGUUCUCAUCGUUGAAUACCAUUUCCCCAACGAAGCCAAGAGUGAGGAGGAGGAAAACUCCAACUCAGGCGACGAGGAUGAAGAAAUCAAACAGGCCAGAAAGGCCUACAACGAGAAGAAGAAGGCUGCACCCAGCAUCAUCAUCCCUGAACUCGCCGAGCUAGGUGUGUACGCUCAAUCAGUGAAACCACGCGACAGUUCAUGGUAUGGUGAAGCUGGGCUCAAGGAUGGGCCCCAUCAUCACCUCAUCAAUGUCUCCGAAACCGGCCUCAAGGCCCUUAUGCCUAAGGAGAACGCCAACAUUGCUCGCCACAAUGCCCGACAUCUGAUGCGGGUGUAUCCUAAGGGCACGCGGAUCUCUUCCCAGAACCUCAAGCCGGUGCAGUUCUGGGGUAUUGGUGCUCAAGUCUGUGCCCUCAAUUGGCAGACCUUCGGCGCAAGUAUCCAACUGAACGAGGCGCUAUUCAGCGGCACAGAUGGGUAUGUUUUGAAGCCAGCGGCCCUCCGAGCGGGAGGAUCCGGCCGACUCAACACCGGGAAGAAGAAGAUACUCCGUCUCCAUGUCGCAGGAGCCACGGAUGUACCUGUACCACAAGGGCGUGAACCUGGUGACAUCAAGCCGUACUUGACCUGCAAACUCUACCACCCUGACAUCGAAGACGAUGAAGCCCCCAAGCGUAAGACGGCACACUACAGACAACACAAGCUCGGGCUGCUGCACAGAGGUGAACAACCCCCAACCACGGAUCCUGUCUGGGACGAGGUACUGCUGUGGGAGUACGAAGACAAUGAGCUGGUGUUCCUGCGGAUGCUCAUCAAGAGCGAUGACAGUUUUGCCAUAAAUCCGAUCUUUGCCGUGGCUGCUGUGAGGUUGCUGUAUGUGUCCCCGGGCUGGAACUUUAUUCGCAUGCUGGAUUUGAAGGGAAGGGAGACCACAUGUUCGAUUCUCGUCAGAUUCGAGAUCGAGGAUGCAAUAUGA